UAUCACUCACAGUUCGUGAAUGCACCACAAGUUGUAGGCAAUAUGGCAUUACUCCCUUUGAAGACCCAAUUCAAGGGACCUGCCCCAAAGGAAUCUGGUGACUUGGACAUAAUUGAAGAAGCCUUGUCCUUUUUCAAAGCAAAUGUCUUUUUCAGAAAUUAUGAAAUUAAGAGUGAGGCAGACAGAACAUUGAUCUACUUGACAUUAUACAUCUCUGAAUGCUUAAAGAAGUUACAGAAGUGUAAAUCGAAGAAUGAAGGAUUAAAAGAGAUGCAGUCCCUGGCCAUUUCCAGAUUCUACCUGCCCGGUGAGGCACAGUUCCCACUUAAUGCAAUGUAUGCCAAGCCUGCCAACAAAAACGAAGAAGAUAAUAUGAGAGCCUACAUACAGCAGUUAAGACAGGAGAUGGGUCUGAGAUUGUGUGACAGAGUCUUUGAUGAAACUGACAAACCAAGCAAGUGGUGGAUGUGUUUUGUUAAGAGAAGAUUCAUGGACAAGAGUCUUUCUGGACCAGGCCAAUAA